UACUAGUCUAGCUUAUUGUAUUAUAUAACAAGUUAUUAGUGUAUUGUGACUGGAUUAUUAUACAAGUGAUGCCUAUGGGUAACUAAUAACGAUAAACACGUGGACACAGAUCAAUCGGGUGGUGCUUAACGGUUCAGGAAUAUAGACUUUACGUGGAUUUUGAUAAGGUUUAAUUUCAGUGUUGGAUUUUAGCUCAAAGCGAUGUGGCCACAUCAAAGAGACUUUACCUGAGGGUAUAACUUGACGAAGAACAUGGCGGACGCUCGGGUUAGAAGCGGUGAUGGAAGCUCCGGGCCUGACGGAAGCCGCUGCUGCGAAAGUGUGCUAGAGAUAGAAGACCAGGAGAGUCCAAACCUUGAAGAUGAGAGGCUCCCAGGAGACGGCGCUAGUUGCACGGUUCCUGAGGAACAGCUGCGGAUAAGCGACGACGACGGUUCUACCAAUAGUGCUCGCAACAGCAUUGACCCAUUUAAUGCGGAUAAUGAACCAGCUGUCACAGAGAACAUGCUUCGGACAGGUCGAUAUUACAAAGGGAUUUAUUGGCCAUCACUCACUAAUAGUUUUAAGGACGAAACCGUAGAAUUAUCAUAUCAAAGGUAUUCUCGAAGACAAAGACAAAAAUCUCUCAUAAUGGUCAACGUGGUUGAUCUAGCACUAAAGAUAAGUUUAUCAUUAAUUUAUACAUUAUCAAAUAGAGACAACAUCGAGGUAGUUACAGACGGGUACAAAAUAACUUGGACGGCAGCGUUUGGGCUCAUAAAUAUUGCACUAUGUCUUCUUGGAGGAUGGCGCUGUUUCGCCAAUAACUACUUACACUGGGCGGCGGCUACCACGUGGAUUCUACUCAUAGCGCAAGGUCUUAGCGGCCAAGGCAUAGGCUUCCAAGAGCCCGAGAAUCAAGUGUGGUACAUGCUCUUCAUAAUAUUUGUUCCCUACGCAAUGCUGCCUCUCUCAUUGGGCUGGUGUAUUGUCAUCGGGAUACUGUCUUCUUUCUCACACGUGCUGGCCACAGCUGUUAAUGUCAAGGAGUUCAUGCUAAACAAUAUUCAUGCAGCAAAGACUUGCGGUACCCGUAUACUUAUAGCCAAUUCGUUAUUAUACAUGGCUGUAAAUUUUGCCGGAAUGUAUGCUAAGUACCUCGCUGAUUGGGGGCAGAGGAAGGCGUUUCUGGAGACCCACAGAUCCAUGGUAACAAGGCAACGGACAAAGAGAGAGAGCGACAGACAAUGGAAACUAUUUCAGAGCGUGAUUCCGGAUUUUUUGGCGAAGGAGAUAUCAAAUCACGUGUCUCGAGUUAAGGGCGAAUUUCAGGAGCAGCAAUUUAAUAACUUAUACAUUCAGCGGCACGAGAACGUGUCUAUACUGUUCGCUGAUAUAAAAGGAUUCACUGAAUUAUCUAGCAAAUGUAGCGCACAAGAUCUGGUGAAACUUCUGAACGAACUUUUUGCUCGCUUUGACAGAUUAGCUACGGAAAACCACUGUUUACGUAUCAAACUGCUGGGUGACUGUUACUUCUGCGUCAGCGGGCUGCCGGAGCGUCGGGACGACCACGCCUUCUGCUGCGUCAACAUGGGCCUGCAGAUGAUACGCGUCAUCCGCGACGUGCGGUACAACAAACAGGUGGACUUGGACAUGAGGAUAGGCAUCCACAGCGGCACUGUGCUCUGUGGAGUUCUGGGACUGCUCAAAUGGCAGUUCGACCUUUGGUCGCAUGACGUCACCCUGGCCAACCAUAUGGAGAGCGGUGGAUUGCCUGGACGGGUACACAUAUCGGAAGCUACUUUGGAAUGCCUGAACGCGACGUUUGAAGUGGAACCCGGCGAGGGCGAGACGCGGAAUCCAUACCUACGCGAGCUGAACCUCACCACCUACCUCAUCAAGGCCACUGAACAUCCGAGAAGAACUAGGAGCAAAUCCAUAAACAUCAUACAGCCCAAGCAGCAUGAGAAUGGUCCACGUGGCAGUAAUGGAAGUAUUGAGGACGAGAACACCACUGACUUCAUACCGGAGAUGCCCUUUCAAAGCUACUUCCAAAGCAGUGCUACUGUAUUUCGCAACCGUCGCAACAAUAAACACGACGAUGUCGAACAAGGGCAAGACUUGGAGAUUACGUCUUUGUCUGAGGAGGAAGAUAUUAUUAACCACUCUAUUGAAAUUAGCAGCAAUCGCCGCAUGAGAGUGGAACACAUGAAGCCCUGGUCUCUCCACUUUCGAGAACCUUCUCUGGACGAGCGUUUCGAUGACGAGUUGGACGAGAAGACUUUCAAAUCUAACGUCAUGUGCUGCUUUGUGAUCUGGUUGUUCAUUGUGGCUGUGCAGUGUGUUAUACAUUACAAUUGCUGGUUGCUGGUGGUGAUACUGAUGAUAAUGACCAUCCCCCUCGCGCUCUCGUUUCUCCUACUGAUGGCGGAAGAGUUUCAAGAAGCUGUGCCCAGACUUGCUAAACUGUCUGCAGCUGUCAGUGGCGAUAGGUUCCGAAGAAACGUGCACAUAUGCUGCUUUGUUACUAUCAUGUCUAUAUCUAGCACAAUAAAGCUCUACAUUUGUCAAGAGUCAUUUGCUAUCGCAGAAUUAUUGGAAACUAACAACGUUAGUCGAACAGUGACUACUACAGAGAUGCCUGAUGUAGAAGUGAUAUUAGAGGAAUGCUUCAAACCUGAAUAUGUAGUAUUUACGUGGAUACUGUGCUUAGUCGCUCUGACAUCGAUCCUGAAGUUGUUCUAUUUGAUAAAGACAUCACUCGCCAUCGCUAAUGUUGGGAUGUACGCUGUUCUGUUGCUCAGCUAUUACAACAAAGACGAUUAUAGCACGAAUCAUAGUGAUACCCAACUCCGUUUCUACAUCCAGAUGCUAAUCUUGAUGGUGAUGUUCCUCGUAAUAGUGGUGUACCACGCGAGGCUGGUGGAAGUGACUUCACGUCUCGACUUCCUCUGGAAGCUGCAAGCGGAGACCGAUUUGAAAGAGAUGAAGGAAACGCAGCGGACUAACCGCCAUUUGCUGAAACAUAUACUUCCUGAUCACGUUGUCAAUCAUUUCCUAUCAAAAGAUAGGUGUCCAGAUGAGCUGUAUUCUCAAUGGAGAGACGAAGUGGGAGUGAUGUUCGCGGGGAUACCUAACUUCCACGAGUUCUAUUCCGAACAAAAAGCCAUCGACUGCAUGCGUCUCCUAAACGAGAUCAUUUUUGACUUCGAUAGAUUACUGACGCAGCCAAAAUUCAAAUGCAUAGAAAAGAUAAAAACCAUUGGAGCUACUUACAUGGCGGCAUCUGGCUUAAACCCUAAUCAUAAGAUAGGAGACGACGACUGUAAGCAUGUUUGCGCGCUGGUUGACUACGCCUUCGCCCUGCGGGAGGCUCUGGAGGACAUCAACAAGCAUAGUUUUAACAAGUUCCGGUUAAGAGUAGGUAUAAGUUGCGGUCCCCUGGUGGGCGGGGUGAUCGGGGCGCGCAAGCCCGUGUACGACAUCUGGGGGAACACGGUAAACGAGGCUUCGCGCAUGGAGUCCACGGGGGCCAUGGACCGCAUACAAGUCACCAAGUACACAAAGCAGGUCCUGGAGCGGCGCGGCUACGGCUUGGAGGCGCGCGGCGCCGUGGAGGUAAAAGGCAAGGGGCGCAUGGAGACGUGGUGGGUCACCAAACGGAAGCAUGAGCAGCGGCCUCGUGACCGCUACCGCAGCCGCACGGCUGAGGCGCGGGUGCCCGAAGAAAACGUGCACAAGACGGUCGCUCCGCCGGCAGGCCCGCCUGUACCGCCGCGGUCGCUGGCAGCCGUCGUAUACACCAUGCUGCAGGCGCGGCGCCGCAUCUACACGCACCCGCUAGAUGCGCAGCAAACGGGGACGGGUGGCAGCGUGCGGGCGCGGGCGGGCCGGGCGGCACUGCCUGCGGGUGCGCGUCGCACCGCGGACUUGCGACGGACUUACACUACUCAUCCGAGGACUUGCAACGGUGACAUUGAGUUAUCCAAACGGCCGUACUCCAGCAGUAUGGUAGCCAGACGCCCUGAAAUGGCGCCUUCCUUCCUAGGCAGCAUGUCAGCACCACACACCCCCACAGCAUCGCACUUGCCUUCAGAAGUACUCUUCACUGGGCCCAAGCUGGGUCUCAGCGCGCGACUCAAGGCCGCUAGCUUUUCCUACAGAAGCAGGGCUCAUAGAGAUCGCUCCCCGAAGGUUCGAGAAGAAAAUAACGGUUCUACUACAUCGGUUACCAACGGUGUUCCGAGUUCGUUCAGACUUAGGUCGGUCACCACAGCUUCCUUCUUUAGAGGCAGAAGUAAGGACAGGAGAAAAACUCAGGAGUUGAAUGAGAAUGGCGAUUCUAUUACAACUCGUAUGUAAAAUUUAUGUAGGUAUAUAAGUAGGUACCUUAAUAAAAGAUUGAAACUGUAUAACUAAAUAUUAUCAGUGCAACUAUACUUACUAUUAUACACUGACUGGUAAAUUAAGCUGACUGUAAAGUUUUCGGAGCGUUUCCUCCCACUAAUUCCAAGAGAGAUAAUUUUCAACCCCUCUGAAAUGUAAAUAUUGUGGUUAAAUUGAUUAACUUAGUAAGAGGCGUAAAGUCAAGCCUGCGUUUGCGUGUGAAACGUGCAAGCUACGCGCAUGAAUAGCUGUGAGCACCGAAAAGUUUCUGCACGUACGCAGGUGUGGAUCUGCCUUAAGGUACACCUAUUAUCUCAACCACAUGUUUUUUUAAACAGCGCCCAAUUCUCUUACUUAAGCUCUAAGCUAUUUCGAAUAAGGCCUCAAAGAGAUCGUUUUUCGAACAUUUUAAGAAAAAUUUAACAAACUUCCGUGUUAUGCAGGAAUCAGAUAAGCUAAUAUAAUAAUUCGAUUGAAAUAACCAUAGGUGCGACUAAAAUUUUAUGCCCGUUGCUUUAAAAUUAAUGGAACGGAUGGAACGGAAAUUAACGGAACGGAUGUAUCUUUGAAGAUUAAAAUAAAUCCAAGUACAUAUUUUAAACAUUUUUGUUAAACGCUUCAGAUUAUUCAGUAAUCGUGCCUUUCUUUCCUUUGAACAGUUUGUUGAUAAAAUAACGGUUCUUGAGGUAUUUAUAUUUUAUGUACCAACUAAUUUAACACAUCCAUGUUAACGUAAAUCUCUCAUUAUUUGGAAGAACAAGCGUCAAAUUGUAACAUUUCCAUACAACUUUGCAAGAUUUACGUUAGUCAGUUCAGUUAUAUAAAUUGAUAAAGAUCUGCAGACUAUACUAGACAUUGAGAUGAUAUGAGUAAACGCAUGUAAGUUAUUAUAUACUUACAAAAAUUGUGUACGAAAGUAGUUUAAAUAAAAUGUUUCUUAUAAUAUUAUUAUUGCGAAUAAUCCCCACCAGUUCAUAUUUUGUAGAUCUGUAUUAACUUACUUGAUGUAACUUAUUUGACCUAAGUACUUAUUUAUAUAAUAAAACAGAAAGUUCUAUGCACAGUUAUAUGAGAUUAAAACUUUUAUUAGAGUUUGUAUUACUGUAACUAAUUGUAAGUUAUAUUAUGAAGAUAAUGCGCCUUUGGAAGGGGGUGCUAGGCGGAUAGGAAAUUUAAAGUGCAAAACUAACCCUAGUUGGUUUGAGACUGCAUUCUAUAUAUUUUGUUAUACUUAAUGUUGUUUCCAUCAUCAGCCCACUACAGGGCACGGGUCUCCUUUCAGAGUGCGAAGGUUUUAGUAGGCCGUAGUCCACGCUGGCCAAGUGCGUAAAAAGUGUUUUUAUUUUAUACUAGCUGACCCGCGCAACUUCGUCUGCACCAAAUCGUUUUUAUAUCUUAAAUUUUUAUGGAUGGUGUCUCAGUAUGUAGGUACCCCCUUGGCCCUUUCAUAGCCUAGUAUAUGGACGAGUAUAUACAACGUGUAACCGAAUUACGAAAUAAAGUUAAAGGAAACAUAAGUAUAUUUAAUAAGGAAUCACCCAGUAAAUAUAUUAAAUAUAA